AUGAUGUAACAGCAUUUGUAUUAUCUUGUGCAGUGUUUUAGAGAAAUGAACACAGUGAACCAUGAUUCAGGGUCACAAUGCAUUUAUCACGCGUUGUCAUAACACGAGACAAAUUUUAGUAUUUUUAACUUCCAGUUCUUGGAGCAAGAGUUCAGAAAUUUCCUCUCUAACAAUUGUCUGAUAAAUGAAGUGUUUUUAUUUAUUGAUGAAAGAAUUUAAUCUAUUAUGUACAGUUUAUCACAUUCAGAUUUUUCACUUUUGUUUUUCAAAGGAUACUGAUAUUUAUUAAAAAAUUAUUAUACUAAUUACUGUACAUGAAAUGUUAUAGCCUUAUCUUGAGUAUCUGUAUUAUGUUUUGGCAGAACUUUCCUACCAUAUAUGGAUUAUCAGUAUUUGCACAGAGUAAAAGAUGCUGUUAUUAUACUAUAAAGCAUGACAGUAUGGAGACAUAAGUUCUCAUAUACAACAACAUAUUUCAAUUGCACUGUGGUGCCAGUUUCUCAGUCAGAAUGUGCUAACUGGACAUUUAAUGAUGAUUCUUACAUUCAUCUUGGCUCAGCUAAACUGGAGGCAUAUCCAUACAUAACCUCAGGUCGUGUACAAACAAACAUCAAACUUACGUUGUCAGAUAUCAAGUUGACAUCAUUGCGCUUUAGGUUUCAACAACAUGGGAAGAAGGAAAAUAGUUUUUGUCGAGAGUUCCGUUUGUCAUCAAAUUAUAGCAUUUCAGAAUUGAUAUACAAUUGCGGAUGGCUGCAUAAAGAGUAUGAGGGCACUGUAUUCGGUCUCGAGUAUGAAGCCUAUGAACGAACUUUCAGAGAGGUCAGGAAAUAUGUUUUCCAGAUUCCACUUCUUGAACACAUAGGAAGAUUCACCAGGAUACAAGACUGGAUUCCAUUUUUGUAUGUUGAUGUCUCCGAGUUGCCAUUAAUGACUGCAAAAUGGCAACAUGCUCCUCCCUGGAUUGAUGCUUUGAAGUACAAUGUGGCAGUAUACAGUAAUAAUGAAUUGAGGGAAAAUGAAACUUAUGAAGGCCCAUUUCCAAUGGCUUCAGAACUCCAUUAUUUGUUUUAUCCUAACUCUGUUCCUGGAACGUAUCACUUUGAACUGGCCAUUAUUAGUAACAGCUGUGAUUCUAAUAUCUGUCAUAUAUCCAGAUCUCCAGACAUUGUUGUAGGUGUUCAUAAUACUGAGAAGAAGACUUUGGUAGUUGGUAUUGUUGGCUGUGUGAUUCUCAUUCCCCUCUUGUUGCUCAUUUCGCACAUGUGGAGGAGGCAAUGUCGGUCUCCAAAUGGUAGUAUUAAGUUGCCUGCAGUGUUGAUUGUUUACACUCCAUCACGUGCAUCCCAUGUUGAAGCUAUGGUGGCAUUAGCAGAGUACUUGAGGAAUUACUGUGCUGUUGAAGCACUUCUAGAUCAGUUGGAUGUUCCAGAAACAGAAACAAAGGAUCCAUUUGCAUGGUGCAAUGGCGCAUUCACUCGAGCUGAUUUUGUAAUGGUUGUUUCUUCACCACCCAAAUGCUGCAAUCAGGAAGGGGCAUUUGGCAAUGUGAAUGUGGAUGUUUUGCAAAUUUUGAAGGAAAGAUUCUCCAGUUGUAGCUCCAGACCUUGUUUCUUCAAUAUUUUGCUGCCAUAUUGCACAAUUCAAGACAUUCCAGAUGAGGCAAAGAAUUUCAAAAUGUUUAAGUUGUUCAAGGAUUUGGACAAAAUGUUAUGGCAUAUUCAUAAUGGUGCUUGCUCUGCAUGGACAUUUAGCACUACCCUUGCCACUCAUCCUGCAUUAGUCAAGCUCCUAGCAGUUCCACAGUGUGAAGAGUCACGAGGUUUUGCUAUUGUGAAGAUUUUACUAACAGAUGUCAAAUGGACCACUCUGAGGUUCAGAUAUACAGAGUAUCAAAAUGAAAGCAGAACCUUCUGCAGAAGGUUCACAGUGUCUUCACAAUACAGUAUUCCUGAAUUAUUUUAUGACUGCCGUUGGACAGAUGACCUUGAUCAUUACAAAAUUUUUGUUUUUGAAUAUGAAGCUCAAAUGGAAUCUCACAGAGAAGGUGGGAAGUAUUGGUUCAAACUUCCAGGUUAUAGUGAAUUAGAUUUGACCAAUACAAACAAUUUAUCACAAUGGUCCCCAUUUCUGUAUGUUGAUGUUUCUGAUUUGCCUUCUCUCACUGUAAGAUGGCUACAAGCUCCAAAAAGUUUUGGUGUUCAAAAAUAUGAAUUGAAGGUUCAUGACAAUGAUGAAUUGAAAGAAACAAAAGUAUUCAUUGGCACAGAACAAGAGGAAAUGAGUUACACCUACAGUGAAUAUAUCCUUGCAUCUGGAAAAUAUAAAUUUGAAGUACGCAUACUUAAUGAUUACUGUGAAAAUGGUGCAUGCCCUGUGUCAGAAUCUCCUGUUAUAAUUGUCAAUGUUUCUACUAAGAAGGUAUUGGCAGUAGGUAUCAUUGGCAGUUUAGGUCUUAUAUGUAUGUUGACGGUCAUCCUGUAUUCAUGGAAGAAAUUCAAACUGCCAAAAAAUAUUAAACCACCUAAAUUACUGGUUAUCUAUACUCAGUCCAAUGCAUCUCAUAUAAAAGUUGUGGAAGAAUUAGCGAAGUACCUGAGGAAGUACUGCUUUGUUGAUGCACUAUUGGACCAGUUGGAUAUUCCAAAAACACAAUCAAAGGAUCCAUAUGAAUGGUAUAAUGAUGCUUUUGUUCAUCUUGAUUUUGUAAUGGUGGUUUCUUCUCCACCAAAAUGCUGCAACCAAGGACUCUACAGAGAUGUGGAUAUUAUUGCCUUCAAUUUCUUGAAGGCUAAGUUUUCUGACAGAUGCCAGUUUUUUUCUGUCUUGCUGCCAUAUUGUACUGAACUAGACAUUCCAAAUGAAGCAAAACAUUUUCAGAAGUUCAAAUUAACCAAAGAUUUGGAUAAGAUGUUAUGGUUCAUUCGCAAUGGUGGUAAGUUCCCAACCUUUAUGGAAUCGGCAUGUGCUUUACUUGGACCUAAAGUACGUGGAGGUGAGUCUGAUUUGGAGUUAAGUGGUAUAAAUUUGCUUAAGGCUAUGAAGCUGGCAGGUGAUGACUUACUAAAAGUCUGUUGCCACAAAAAUCUGAAAAAUGAGGGAAAUUCUACUAGUGAAAAAACAAGGCUUCAGAUGUUAAUCCAUCCAGCACAAGAUGUAACAAAUAGUAGCCCAAAAUUGGUACAGCAGUCAAGAGAUGUUUCUAAAAUGAACCCUCAUGCAGAAAUGAAUUACGAGGACUCGAUGGAAAUUUCCUUGGAUUAUUUAGAUCUGUCAGGUCCAGACACAUUAUACCCAGAAUCAUUAAGUAAGCGAAGGGAUGCUGAUCAAGCAGUAUGUGAUCUUGACACUUUAGCAUUGUAGGAGGACUGAAUUUGCUCAUGUGAUUGGGAGAGACCAUCUUAUGUUUUAACUUAAAUUCUAAUUCUAGGGGCCCAUUUUUCCCUGUAUUUUGAAGGAAGAAAGUUUCUGUUUUGGAAUCUUAUUAAAGGUCUGCAUGUUUCUAUCUCCAGUCUCAGUUGCAAACAUUCAUAUCAUGGUUGAUCAAUUUCCAUGAAACUAGAUUUCAUCUUGCUAGCUUUAAGCUUUGUGCAGUGAAUAGUAAAUACCAUUCUACAGUCAUGUGAACUUGCGUGUUAGUCAUUCCAUGUAGGGACUUUAAAUAUUGUGAUAUUGUGAAGAAAUAUUUAGAUUUGUUUGAUACAUCUGAUUAUCAAAAAGACCAUGAACUGCACAAGAGUGUAAUGGAAUUAGCUUUUAUUGGUCUUUUUUGAAUAAGUAUUAUUAUAAAACUGAUGAUAAUAUUUGAAAGGGAUUUAAAAAUGUUUAUUAAAUAAAGAAAUUUAAUUAUAAGACUAAAAAGUGUAUUUCAGAAAAAUGACUUUUUUUCAGUAAAAAGGUAACAAGGAGCAAUAAACAUGUAUGUACAGACGAAUAAAAGUUGGAAAGAUGACAUAAGGUA